AUGAGUAUAUUGACAGCAGAGAGACUAGUCAGAUUAGCAUAUAAGUAUCCAAGUUUGAAAAACACAUGGUAUCUAAUAGCUACCGCAUGUUUGACAGUGGUAAAUCAACCACAAGAAAUACCAAUAGUUUAUCAUUUUGCUUUACGUCAACAACUACUAGAUAAUUUUCCAUCAUCGACUUCAAAUGCAUCAAGUGAUAACUCAACUCAAUCUCAACCUUCUUCCACAAAUUCAACUAAUUUAUUAACUAAUCGAUAUUUGAUUCAAUUAGCUCAAGAUUCAAUAAAUUCAGCAAAAAAGUAUGAAGACUUAUCAGCUGUAGGAGUUAAUUUACCCGAUAUAUUGAUUCCUCAUACAUACUACGAAGAAUUACCUUUGAAAUUUAAAUUCUCCAAAAAUACUGAUAUACAUAUGAUGCAAGAUCAAUUGACUUCAAGGUUUAGGGAAGUGAUUUUGAAAAGUGUAGCCUUGAGUGGAUUACCAAGAGCUAUUAAUGCAUUAAUGAUUUUGAAAACCGUUACUCCGACAAAUUUAAAGACUGGAGUUGCCCCGGAACGUCCUUGCAUUGUACGUCCUGGUCAUAUCCCAUCAGCAUCCAUUGUAAGUGAGGAUGUUAAUGGUACAAGAUUUGAUAAAGAAGAUGAUGCAUCAAUAGAUACUAUUGAUGGACCAAUAUCAGAACAAUCUAUAAAUAUUCAACAAAUAACCUCAGAUCUAAUAAGAGGUUCAAACUUUUGGAAUGCAGUAUACACAAAAAUUAGUAAUAGAGUAAAGAAUCAAAUGUUGACUGCUUAUCCUGACUUAUGGUAUUUUGCUUAUCAUCAUGUAUAUGCUCCAUUAUUAAGUUUUACAAAAAUAAUUUCCGCAAAAGAAACUUCAUUGUGUGUAGUUGCUUGUUUAAUACCACAAGAUGUUAAUCCACAAUUGAAAGGGCAUUUGAAAGGAGCUUUAAACAAUGGAGCAACUAAGGAAGAAUUAAAUGAUGUGAGAUCUCUAGUUUUUAAUAUUUGUGAUUGGACUGGUGGAGUUAAAUGGAAAGAAGGAAAAGAAAAUGUUGCAAAAUUGUAG